AUGUACAUAGUAGUUUUACGUCUCGUCGAACUCCCUUUUCUCUGGAGAACGACAUUUGACCCCCAACCCCGUGAGCGGCAGCAACAGCAGCAGCAGCACGAUUACGAGAACCAGCGUCUCGCCGCCAACCGCCCCUCGCCUUUGUCCAAGUAUCCAUCCUUCUUCGCUCUUCUCUCCACUGGCCUCUAUUUUAGUAGCCACCCUGGCUCACGCUCCGGGCCAACGACCGACCGGCCGCCCGGUGACCGCUGA